GCCCGGAGUCAUAAGAAGUAGGUACCGCAAGCGUGUUGUGUACAUCAGAAGUGCCCACGCUUAGUGAUGUGAUAGUGAUAAUAGAUUAUUAUUCAUGAAAGACGUCCAGAAAACAAGUAAAUGAUCUUACCGGAGCAAUCAUCGUCAGUUUAACGGUAACGGACAUUUUAACCUUUAAUCUGAGGAGAUAAAAGAAGACUUUCACUACCUGCCACCAUGAAGAUCAAGCGACAGAAACAAGCCAAGAAAACCAUCAGUUUCUACAAAUUCAACUUCAGCUUCAGGGAGCCCUUUCAGAUCCUCAUUGAUGGAACUUUCUGCCAGGCGGCUUUGAAGAACAAGAUUCAGAUCAAGGAGCAAAUGCCCAAAUACCUGAUGGGGGAGGUGCAGCUGUGCACCACAAACUGUGCGCUGAAAGAGCUGGAGACUCUGGGGAAAGAGCUGUAUGGAGCCAGAAUCAUCCUGCAGAGGUUCCAGGUGAGGAGAUGUCCACAUUUCAAGAGCCCUGUCCCUGCUUCAGAGUGUCUGCUGUCCAUGCUGGAGGAGACUAACCCACACCAUUACUUUGUGGCUACACAGGAUCACACAGUAACAGCCGGCCUGAAGAAGAUCCCUGGAGUUCCUCUGCUCUACAUCAUCCUCAACACCAUCGUGCUGGACAAACCCUGCCAGACGUCCCUCGACCACGUCCAGGCCGUCCAGCUGGGAGAGCUGGUCAGCCCGGCUCAGCAGCAGAGCAUCCGCAGCCUGAAGGAGGAGCAGGGCAUCGCCCAGAAGGACGGAGAGAGGCGGGGGAAGAAGAGGAAGAGGAAACAGAGCAAUCCUAACCCUCUGAGCUGCCUGAAGAAGAAGAAGAAAGGCGUCCCGACACCGUCGCUGAAGAAGACUGAGCAGGGGGAGAAGAGGAAAAGAACUCGACACAAGAAACGGAAAGACGACAUGUCUGCUCCUGUGGUUACAAAUACAUAGUACAGCAGAAAGACAGAGACUUGAGCCAUUUUUGUUUUUCCCAUAAAUAUUAUUUGAAGAUGUCAAAUAUGUUCACGAUUAAUAUAAUCCCAAACUAAAAUAAUUACACUCUGCAGAUUUACUUCUGGUCUGUUUUUAACAAUGUUACUGCAUAGAAUAAAUCUGUUUAUUACACAAAAUGCCAUUUUAAAAUACUUGUCAUGGUAUUUGUUUUAUUUUGAAAAACUUCCCCGGACUAACAGGCAUGGAAUUGAAACCGAUCAGAAACAUGCCGAUAUUGUUAAAUGAGACGAUUUGUCUUGGCUUUUAUACAAAAUAAAAAAAGCAGGUUUUUACAGGCACAUAGUUGAACAUAUUAGAUGCACUCAGACAUUACAGUAUAUGGAAAAAACCGAUGCAUUCAGCUGUCUUUGCAGACGAAGUAAGAAGUGUCAUCACAAUGACUUGAUUUUUUUGAUGUCUGCUAAAUUCAGUUGUAUUUUUUCGAUUAGAGUCCAAAAGACAACUUCCAUAACAAAUAUGUCCAUUCAGACUUCACUUGAUCGUCUUAUCGGGUCAUUCUUUAGAUUAAAAAUCACGUAUAAAUAAAGAACAGUUCAUUCUCUUGUUAUAUAUUACAUCAAUAAAUGAAUAUUGAAAAUCUACUUGAUUUACACUGUCAGAAGUUACUGUGGAAGUGACACUAAGCACAACUGAAGUCUUAAUUAUCAAGACAAUACAAUACUGUAUGAUUCCCAGCUGUAACUAAAUGAUUAUCUAUAUAUAAAAGGGUCACUGGAUGAAUUGAAUCUGUCGCAUACCUAAGUCAUUUUAAGAACAAAAUAGAAACUGGGUAUUUCAGGAUGGAACAUGCAAGAGUAUGGUAGACCACUGAUGUUUACAUCAUCUAUACGUUGAAUCUCUGAAGCUCUUUUUUUAUAAGCUGUGUCCCAAUUCCAUAGUACAUACUUAUUAUAUACAUUAUGUAUUAUAUACUAAUCAUUACAGUGCAAUUUAUGCACUUUGUACACAAGAAAUCACCACACAGUAUAAAUGAUACUAUAAAUGUUGUCAGAUGUUUAUCAAACUGCAGCCGUUGAAUGCUACAGCCAAUCAGACAGCAGAAAUGUAAUAACUGUGGGUUUUAAGGUGUUGCUGGAGCUGUGUCACCAGCAUCUCCUCUAUUUCCUUUGUGCAUUGUGUCGUAGAAUAGUGUGAGCACAUUACAUGCUCCUGCCUAAGAUUAUUAUGUAUGAAUUUGGGAUAAAACUAGUUUUUUCAGACUCUCAUGAAGCGCAAACAGUCGAUGAUGCAAGCAAAGCAUUUGCAAAAACAACACGUUUGGAGUUUGUAAUGCUUAAAGUGCUACACUACAGUAGUAUAAUGAUUAAUUGCUGGUUGAGUCUGCAGAUCACUACCAUAGUUACUGUUUAAAUGUACUCUUGCAGAGACUGGAUAUAGUGCAUGCUCCUUUUGGCUAAAAUCUGAGUAGUACAUGAGAACCAUCAGAUGAGAACUUUUUUUUUUGCUGUAGUGGGGCAGAUGAAUCUCAGAGUAACAUGGUGGAUUGAGGUUUCACUGUGUAAACACAGUUGUCUCCCACUGUAAACAUAUCUUAAAAUAGAUUUCUUUUGACUUUGAUGCAAGUGCAACACAACAACCUCUACCUGGGAAAAAAAACCCACCAGUGAGUAGACAGAAACUCCAAAAGGGAACACACAGUGCCCACUUUAUUUAACUUAUUUCACAUUAACUUAGCUGUAAAGUGAGUCUUGAUAAUAAAACAUAAAAUAAAUAAUAACAAAAAGGAAAUAAGGCCAUUGUUUACAG